UAUCCUUGGUAUUGGGCAUAAGAUUAAAUCGCGUAACAAUCCUGAUUUUCGCGUUGAAAUAAUUAAAAACUUUGCUAUAACCAAUUUUCCUUCCACAAAAUUACUUGAUUAUGCGCUAGCGGUAGAAGAAAUAACUACUGCUAAAAAGGAUUCACUAAUUCUUAAUUUAGAUGGAGCGAUCGCUGUUUGUUUUGUUGAUUUAUUACGUGAAUCAGGUGCAUUCACCAGAGAGGAAGCUGAAGAAUAUAUCAAGAUUGGUGCAUUGAAUGGAUUGUUUGUACUUGGUAGAAGUCAUUAUUUAGACCAAAAACGAUUGAAACAAGGUCUUUAUAGACAUCCUUGGGAUGAUAUUUCUUAUUUAGUGCCGGGAGUAGAGACAGGUCGUACAUUUGUUAAUCCGGAUGAAGUAGAGAAAAAAAGUGCAUAA